AUGGUCAACCUCUCUGGCGUGGCUGCCAUCGGGUCCGCCCUCUUGCGGCCCGGUCUGGUAGUGCCACACCUGGUCGUCCCCGAUAUCCGCUCCUUGUCCUGGGUUCAUGCCAAACGCCUCGGCUUCGACUACAUCGUCUUCGACAAGGACAAUUGCAUCACCGCACCGCAUUCCGACUCGCUUCACCCAUCGCUGGAGGAGUCAUACAGGCAAUGUCUGCAAGUCUUUGGCGAGGACAAUGUACUCAUCGUCUCCAACUCGGCAGGCAGCUCGAGCGAUGUGGGAGGCGUGGGUGCCCAGCACCUCUCCCGCAUGCUGUAUGGCACCACCGUUCUCUGCCACAUCAAGAAGAAGCCAGCAAGAGGCUGCGCAAGACAGGUGGUGGACUACUUCUCGCAGGUACACGACCCCUCCUCCUCGACAUCUCGCCUCCGCCCCUCCUUCUCCAGCGGCCUAAAGCGCAUCUUUGCCACGCAGGGUACAACUGGCAGCGAGGGCGAGGUGGUGAAGCGACUGGUAAAGAAGAGGAUGGGGAACAUACUGGUGAUUGGAGAUCGCAUUACCACCGAUACAGUCACCUCUCACAGGAUGGGUGACGUUCUGGCGAAGCGCUAUCCAUCGCAAGGGCUCGAAGCUUCCCCGCCUCAAGCUGUUUCUGUGAUCACUACGACACUAUGGGCUCAUGAAGGACCGAUGAACGCCCUCAUGAGGAGAGCAGAAGCUGCGGUGAGGUCUCGCCUCGUCAAGCGAGGAGUUAAGCCAGGAGGCGGUUGGAAGCAAGAGGCCGGAGUAGCGCAAACGUGGGACAGUCUACUGGAGCCGCAACAUACUGCACCGGCGUCGCGAGUCCUUGCACCUUCUCCAUCUUCGCGGAUCCUGUCAGAUCCGACGCCUGCCACUUACAUCGCAUCUCAACUACAGCGUUCGUCACUUCCUCCUUGGGCGUCCAACAUACUCACAAUCCUCGUGUCGAAUCGCUUCCUUGGGGCUACCUCGCGGUUUCUCCGCGAUGGGUGGCUGCUCAUUCUGCGGGGCUGUCGCGAAGGUCUCAACCGGCCGAAUCUGGUAUUUGACGAGUCGAAGAGGAGAGGCAGAUUACACAGCACCUCGCCCGUGCCCACCUCCUCCUACAGAAGUCCCAGGUCCUUGCGAGGCCAAGAGCCGGCAAGAAGCUACUCCACUCUCAUUACGGGACGCAGUCAAAUCUUGUCGCAUCUUGACGUCUGCGGUCGGCAAUUCUCGCCCUACUCUACGGGACCAAUGACCAAAGCUCGAACGGGAGAGGUCAAAGAUGAAGGCAUCUCCGCCUUUCGAGUCCAGCUCGUGGACAGCGAGACAGGCAAGCUCGUCGGUGAGCCUCGCAACCCGAAGCUGAUACUCGCUGAGAUUGAUCGCGCCCACUACUACCUGCUCCAGGUCACACGCGACCAGGAGGUGCCUAUCGUGAAGGUCAUGAGCAAGAAAGACGCCUAUCUCAAAUCCAAGGCCGGCGGUGGGGGCGCAGGAAAGACAGUCGCUAGUCAACCUCCCGCUGAGAUACAAAUUAGCUGGCUCGUCACAGAGCAUGAUCUGUCGCAUAAGCUCGAGUCAGGAAAGCGUCAUCUCAACAAGAAGGGUCCCGGAAGCCGAGUGAGCAUCACAAUCACUACCAAGAAGGGACGAAAGUGGACCAGUGGACAGGAGGAAGACAAGCUGGCGGUGAUCAAGAAGAUUGAGGACUUGAUGGGACUACACCAGCUGUGA